AUGCCUCGCUACACCGUCCAAUUGAAUAACUACCUUCAGAAGCAAGGGCAGCUUGCUGCAUUGCACUGGGGCGAAGAAUUCGUCAACAAGGAGUGGAAGUUGACAGCCUACCUCAACCAGGAGACUGCCGGUGUCGGGGUGUCAGCGCAGAAGGGAGCGGCUAAGGAGCUGGCGUCAAAGGAGGCACUGCAAGCGCUGGGGCAGCCUGUCUAG